AUGUGGAGUGACUGGCAAAGCGCAUGCUGUCGCCGCCAAACAACAGGUAGCAUCCAAACGCUCAUACCACCUCUUGUCAACUCGUGGAAGCACACCUCCCUCACAGAGCACACCUCCCUCACAGAGCACACCUCCCUCACAGAGCACACCUCCCUCACAGAGCACACCUCCCUCACAGAGCACACCUCCCUCACAGAGCACACCUCCCUCACAGAGCACACCUCCCUCACAGAGCACACCUCCCUCACAGAGCACACCUCCCUCACAGAGCACACCUCCCUCACAGAGGACACCUCCCUCACAGAGCACACCUCCCUCACAGAGGACACCUCCCUCACAGAGCACACCUCCCUCACAGAGGACACCUCCCUCACAGAGCACACCUCCCUCACAGAGCACACCUCCCUCACAGAGCACACCUCCCUCACAGAGCACCUCCCUGAACCCCCAGCGCUCCUCAAACCCCUCCUGAUCCCCAUUUAUCCUGUAGAGACCGAACUCCAGCCUGAGUCUGGCCUGGACCAUCCGGACCAGCAGAGCCCUGGGACUGAUCUCGCCCUGGUCCUGGACCACCCUCCUCCUGCUCACAUAGACGGCCAUCUUGGCCUGACCGACCAGGAAACUGAGCAGCCGCCCCCUCCUCCUGCUGCGGUUGGAGUACCUGACCCCCCCCACAAACACCUGAGCACUAAACUCUGCCCCCAGUGA